AUGAACCAAUUGCCACUUUCUCCCCCCUCCGAACCGGUGUCCUCUCCCGAUAAUACACCGGCCCCGCUAGAGUCUCCUAUCCGCAAAACUCCAAUCCACGAUCUGCUCCCCGACAUUUGCGUACCGAGUGGGCCUUUACCGACAUAUCGAUACCACCCGGUAACAUGUGCUGCGAUUGAUCCUGAAGAUGUGCGGUCUGAGGUUCAGCAACUGUACAAGGAAUUCUCCAGCCCUGAGGCUGCAUCGAAGGCGCAGGAACAAGCUGCGCGAGAGCUGAAACAGAAAUUGGAGGACGCGGAGAAGAAGCGCGAAGAGGUGCAGAAAGCUAUGGACAAAAAGAUCAAGGAGCGGAAUACCGAGUUGAAGGUUCUUUCAAAAUACCAGGAUGGGAAAUCUUCGGCUCUUGCGACAUAG